AUGGAUCGUACUUGGAUGUACGAUAGAGUAUAUUCCAAUAGACACGGAUUGAAAGAAGAGUAUGUUCGCGGGGUUAAAGACUUCGUAAAGAGGGCUUUGAAACAACCUAUUUGUAAAUCUGAGGGAGGGAUAAGGUGUCCGUGUAUAAAUUGCAAGUGUCUCAAGAUAAGAACACCAACUAAUGUUAGACUUCACUUGUAUCGAGAUGGAUUUCAACCAGACUAUUGGAUUUGGACUCAACAUGGAGAAGUAGAGCUCAAUGUUAAUACAAGGAAUGAUUCAAAUAGUAGUGAGCAUGUGCAUCAUGAUGACCAAAUUGAGGCAAUGAAUCAGAUGGUGUAUGAUGCUUUUAGGCCUUAUGGAGUAUUCUCUCACGUGAAUGAUAACAUAGAAGUUGAGGAAUAUACGGAGGAUGAGUUUCCCAACGAAGAUGCCAAACGAUUUUAUGACAAGUUGAUAUCUUUCAACAAGCCCAUUUAUGAGGGAGCUACCCAAUCAAUAUUAUCAAUAUCUACUCAACUUCUUGAAAUUAGGUCUAAUUGGCAUGUACCACAAAAAGGUUUAGAUUUUGUUGCACAAAUGCUUAAAAGUGUAUGUCCAGUUCAAAAAUGCUUGCCCGAGAACUAUUACCAAGCAACACAGUUGGUAUCUAAGUUAGGGCUAAAGGUUGAGAAGAUUGAUUGUUGUAAGAAUGGUUGUAUGUUAUAUUACAAGGAUGAUAGCAAUCUAUCAGAGUGCAAAUUUUGUAAUGCUCCUAGGUUCAUUCCUCGCAAGACUGGCAUGGGAAAGUACAAAGAUAUCCCAGUGAAGAGAAUGUUCUACUUCCCAAUCAUUCCCAGAUUACAAAGAUUGUAUGCAUCAACUGAGUCGGCAAGUGAAAUGAGAUGGCAUCACAUGAACAAAAAUAGUUCCAACAUCCUUCGCCACCCGUCAGAUGGAAAAGCAUGGAAACAUUUUGAUAGUGUAUAUCCUGACUUUUCUAGGGAACCCAGAAAUGUAAGGUUGGGUCUGUGUUCAGAUGGUUUUACUCCUUACAUUCAAGCGUCUGCUUCUCCAUACUCAUCCUAUGGUAUGUUAUCUGGAUGGGGAACACAAGGUAAAUUGGCAUGCCCUCAUUGUAUGGAACACACUGAUGCUUUCACCUUGAAAAGUGGCCAUAAGAAUUCCUGGUUUGACUGUCAUCGUCGUUUCUUGCCAUCUAAUCACUCCUUCAGAAGGAGUAAAAGAAGUUUCCUAAAAAAUAGGGUUGUGACCAAUGAGCCACCUCCCAUUUCCACAAGGAAAGAUAUAUGGGCGGUAAUAAGUAAUUUUCCAAAAGUUACUGAAAUUGGAUGGGAGGCGAAAUGGAAAGAAUUCGAAGGGUAUGGAGUGGAUCACAAUUGGAAAAAGCGAAGUAUUUUUUGGGAUCUCCCAUAUUGGAAGGAUAACUUGUUAAGGCAUAACCUCGAUGUGAUGCACAUAGAAAAAAACGUGUUCGAUAAUAUAUUUAAUACUGUCAUGAAUGUUAAGGAUAAAACAAAGGAUAAUGAAAAGGCAAGAGAAGACUUGGCUAAAUUAUGCUUUCGCGGGGACUUGGAGCUCCAACCCUUAGAAAACGGAAAGAAUGGUAAACCAAAGGCUAGUUACACUCUAACCAAAUCUGAAGCCAAGUUGGUUUGUAAAUGGCUUAAGGAAUUGAGAAUGCCAGAUGGCUAUGCUUCAAACCUCAGUAGGUGUGCUAAUGUAGAAAAGGGUACGGUGCAUGGGAUGAAGAGCCAUGAUUGUCAUGUUUUCAUGGAAUGUUUACUCCCAAUUGCAUUCCAUUCAUUGCCAGAUUUGGUUUGGAAACCAUUAACUGAGCUAAGUCGAUUCUUUAAAGAUCUUUGUUGCAAUACAUUGAGGAUGGACGACUUAAUUAAGUUGGAUGAGAAUAUUCCAAUUAUCAUAUGCAAGUUGGAAAGGAUUUUUCCACCAGGUUUCUUUGACUCAAUGGAGCAUCUUCCAAUCCAUCUUGCCAAAGAAGCAAUUCUAGGUGGUCCAGUACAGUACCGAUGGAUGUAUCCAUUCGAAAGAUUUAUGGGAGUCUCAAAGAGGGCAGUGACAAAUAAGGCUAGAGUUGAAGGUUCCAUAUGCAGUGAUUAUAUACAUCGCGAGACAAAUUACUUUUGCUCUCAUUAUUUCAACUCUUUCCGUUUGUUGCCAACCAUAAAUCUUAGUAACAAACCUCAUUUAGACAAUGAUGACAUUCUACCUACAAUGUCCAUUCUACAAAGUGGCGGUCGACCAAGUGGGAAGUCACGAAAAUAUUUUCUAUCUGAUAAGGAAUGGAAGUCUUCACAUGUGCAUGUCUUGAUAAAUUGUGAUGAGGUUAAACCAUAUCUUGACAUAUUCUUAGAGAACCACUCUCUAGAUAUAGAAGAUUCAUCUGGGCGCAUACAUAUAGAGUUUCCCAUAUGGCUGAAGAAAUAUGUAAAUGAGGAGACAAAUGGAGUUACUAACCAAGAUAUAAUUGCCUUGUCUCGCAGUCCUGCAUCAAUGGCCAUAUCAUGGAACAUGUAUUUUAUCAAUGGGUACAAGUUUCAUACUGAAGAAUGGAGCAAAGGUAGAAAAACUAGCAAUUGUGGUGUGCACGUGAAAGGUCUUGCAGAAGGAGGAAAUACUGAUUUUUAUGGAAUAAUCAAACAUAUCUUUGAGCUAGAUUACUUUGGUCUGAAGCAUAAGAUUCCAGUUUUUUAUUGUGAAUGGUUUGAUCCAACAAGGAAUACGGGCACAAAGGUUCACCCACAAUAUAAAACUGUGGAUAUUAAGAUGGAUAAACGUUAUCGUCCUUAUGAUCCUUUCAUCCUUGCGCAAAAUGCAAGACAAGUGUAUUAUGUCCCAUAUCCAGAAAUGUGUAGAGAUAUGCGUGGAUGGUGUGCGGCAAUCACCACAAAACCAAGGGGUCGCGUAGAGAUUGACAACAUAGAGGAUGAAGUACCUUAUCAAUCUGAUGGGAUGUUACCGGCGCUACCCAAUGUAGAAAUUGAAGCAAUAUCUUGUUUGCGUGACAUGUCACAAUUAGAUGUGUUUGAAGAGAUUUUUGAUUGCUCUACUAGUGAAGCAGAUAGAGGGCAUUGA